AUGAAUGAGGUCGGGGACCAAGCGAGUGUGGGAGUGUCUCGUGUGAAGAGCAGCAGUGAUGUGGUGGGGGCAGUUCUAAAGGAGCUGAGGCUACAGGCGGGGGGCUUCAGGCUGGCUGUGGCUGUUGAUGGAGUCAACGGUCUCUGGGGAAGGACCACACUCAAGAAGGAGGACAAGAGCCCUGUGGCUCCAGAGGAGUUGACAUUGGUUCAUAACUUGAGGAAGAUGAUCAACAAUGACUGGUGUGGAGGGGCAGUCAUCGCCACGCUGUCUCAGACAGGAUCUCUCUACGCUCCAAGCUCUGCCUACCUGCCCCAGGAGCUGCUGGGAGAGGAGGGCUUUGACAGCAUGGACCCGUUUGUCCCAGUACCAGUCUCCCUCUACAGUGAGAAGGAGUUUGAGAGCUGUUACCUCUACUACCUGGACCGCCACUGGCUACAACACCCACACAGUCAGACAGAGGAAGGGAAGAAAGAACUGAUCUUCCUCAGCAACAGAAACCCUUCUGUACUGGAGAGACUGUGUGACUUCCUGUAACAUCACACAUGGGCCCACACACCCAUAGAGAUAGGACUCAUCUUUAUCUGUGACAGCAUGGGCAGCGCCAUUGAGGCUACAACCCAUAGGAAUCCCCACUCAGUUGACUACUUUGACCACUUUAAAAUGGCGGAAGCUCUCGAUGGUGCUGCCCAUGCGACAUCAAGGCCACUAGCAUUCUCUAUGGGACAAACGCCAAUACAGACUCAUACAUGGAUUAUAACGUUGUGUAUGUGUCCCUCCAUAAAUUAUUCUGUUGUGAUGCAUGAUAGUGUCUUUCAUAAUAA